AUGGCGUUCCUGGUGGGCCGCGAGGCGCCGGACUUCACCUGCGAGGCGGUGAUGCCCGACGGCUCCUUCGACACGGUGAGCCUGCGCGCGUUCCGCGGGAAGAAGUACGUGCUGCUGCUCUUCUACCCCUUCGACUUCACCUUCGUGUGCCCCUCGGAGCUCCUGGCCUUCAGCCGCGCCGCCGCGGACUUCGAGGCCCGCGACGUCCAGCUCCUCGCCUGCUCCGUCGACUCCAAGUUCGCCCACAGCGCCUGGCGCGCGCAGGAGCCCCAGCGCGGCGGCCUCGGGCCCCUCGCGCUGCCGCUCCUCGCCGACGUCCGCCGCGAGGUCGCCGCCGCCUUCGGCGUGCUGCUCCCCGACGGCAUGGCGCUCCGCGGUUUGUUUCUGGUCGACCGCGAGGGGCGCGUGCAGCACGCGCUGGUCAACGGGCUGGCCAUUGGCCGCAGCGUCCCCGAGGCGCUGCGCGUCGUCGACGCGCUGCAGCACCACGAGCGCCACGGCGAGGUCUGCCCCGCGAACUGGCAGAAGGGGCAGAGGGCCAUGAGCCCCUCCCCCGCCGGCGUCGCCGAGUACCUCGCCAGCCUCUACUGA